ACAAGUUAUAAAACAAAUUGGUACUAUAAAAAUGAUGAUAAAGUUAUAAUUUAAGAGUUUAAAUUGUUAAUCCAUAGCUACACUUUAUUAAUGCUAGCGUAGUUGUAAAAAUAGUGUAACAAAACUCAGAUUUUACUGUGAGUGAGAUGUUAAGCAUCAUAUUGGAAGCACACAAGGUUAAAAUAAAAACAAUUUAAUGACUAAUUAAGUAUUGCAGCGGUAAACAUUUUCGUGUACAAAAUAUACAGUGUAAGGUGACUAAUUAAAUUUGUUGACAAAGGUGUAUUGUGAUGGCAGUUACAUCGGCUAACCAUUUAGUGAUCGUAUUUGAAAGCGUAUCAGUUAAGUGCAGCCAGAAAUUAUCUGACAAUAAACUGUUCAUCAAAUUUUGUGAAACUUGGAGGGUUGUUUUAGCAGAAUUUAUAUCAACGUUACUUUUAGUUUUACUCGGAUGUUUAUCAUGUGUGCCGAUUCAAGGACUUGCGUACCAACCACCAUUAUACGCGCCACUUGGCUUUGGAUUUGUGGUUCUAUUCAAUAUCCAAGCAUUUGCACAUAUCUCAGGAGCACAUAUGAACCCUUCUGUUACCUUAGCGGCUGUGCUCUGGGGUAAAAUAUCAAUAGGACUGGGUAUAGCCUAUGCGAUAGCUCAAUGUGCGGGUUCCAUAAUUGGGUAUAGAGUAUUGAUGGCUUUGUCUCCAGUCAAUUUGAUAACUGGUGGAAUUUGCACAACACAACAUAUUUCGGAACUCACAGUGUAUCAAGCGUUGGCAGUCGAAGUAGUACUGACGGCGGCGUUGAACUUCCUUAAUUGCGCUAUAUGGGACCCAAAAAAUAAAUCACUUGAGUCGGUCGCUUUGAAAUUUGGAUUUACGGUUGCUGGAUUAUCGAUAGCUGGAGGCCCGCUGACGGGUGCCAGUAUGAACCCAGCUAGAUCCCUAGGUCCAGCGGUUUGGACGGGUGUAUGGGCCGCGCAUUGGAUCUAUUGGGUUGGACCAUUACUCGGUGGAUCACUGUCUGCUUUAUUCUAUAAAUAUGUAUGGUUGAAUAAUAAAAGUGAUGACUUAUGAUCGAUGUAUAAUAAAUGAUUUUUCGUAUG